AUGUAUCAUUGCACUUUUGAAGAUAUGACUCUGCACGUCGACUCAGUCGCCGGAGAGAAGGUUGACGGGGUCGAAGAGAAGGAGGACUUGAGGUUGUCCAUGUCCUCAAAGGAAACGAGCGAACAUGAUCUUGCACCCGUGGACUCUCAACCUGAAUCGACCGAGACAGGAGAUGCUUGCAUUGGAUCAGGCUCCGAGAAAAAAUCCAAGGGAAAAAGGAUUGAUUUUACCAGAGAGGUUGCAGGUACUAGAACGGAAAGCGUUGAUGAAAGCUGUGGCAGCGAAGACUCCCUACCGGUGACAGCAUUACAUGCAUUAUCACCACGACGCGCCCUCACAUCAACCACUACAUUACAUAGCACAUACACCGUGCACGAUUACGCAGACUUCAACGGUGCCAAAGAGCGACGCCGACCGAAACUCAUGAGCCGCCUGAGGUCCCAGGCGAGCAGUAAACCUGCCGUCCGACCAGCCGACUUCCAGCUCCCUGUUGAGGAGCCAGAGAAGCGAUUCGUCGAUGACAUUGGGAUGAUAUUCCCCGGGGUCAGCGAUCGAGCCCAGUGUCCUCAGUCUCGGCCACAUCAUGUGUCUACUUUCCGACUAUGCGAGCCCAUUGAGUACAGUACGCCACUGGCAGACCACGGCGUUACUUUUGCGGAUUAUAAUCGCCUGAUUGAGCUCCUGGCAAAUUUCUUGCAAAAUUCAUCAACCGAGGAUCCGAGGAGAGAUAGUGGCAAUGCGUCCUUGAGCUCGGCAUCCAUGCCAGCGGCCGGGAUGAAGCCUAAGCAGACUGAGAAGACUGAAAAGCGGUCAGUCGCGUAUGAGAGUUUCUUCGACGUUACCGAGCAUUUCGGAAGGGACAGAAACCAGGCUGAUUCUCUCAAUCAGCUGCUGGAGGAGGUUACCUUUGCCCUACAGGAAAGAGGUGUUCCAGUGGUUAUCUGCGUCAGCUCUUACUCGCUCUUCGCCCCAUCUCGCAUAUCAGAGGCACACGUACAGAUCCUCCAUGUGACUCCUAAACAGCUCAAGGAGAGCCAAUCUACCCUUCGAACUUCUCGAACUUUCUCCGUGAGGAGUAGUUGGCGUGUGGGCCAGCGACUGUCCUUUAUGCGUCCCCCUCCGCCCUUGCCAUCUGAACAACCAUGUGCACGCCCACGACCUACGGCAGAACCAGAACCGAGAGCAGACAGUGAACAAGUCGCCGACGCGUAUCCUUCCCCAAGGAGACCAUUCAACCGUUCUCAAUCCCGCGACCAGUCCCAACCCUACCCUCUCUGGCCCAACGCCAUCCCCUCGCGCAUGCGCGAAACCAUGCACGCCAACCUAGAAAGAUACGGCACAGACCCCUAUUUCCGCGCCUGGAUGCGUGCAAACAUAGACUCCGGCACACAAUCCAGCACUAGCUAUCAAGCAUACCUGACCGAGACGGCAGGCAACCUCUUCACCACCAAGCGCCUCGACUACCUCGACACCGCCGUACGAAAACCCUCCCUCCUAAGAAAAACAGACCGCACCUCAAAUGGCAAAGACAACAACCCCGUACGAAACCACCCCCACCGCAGCGAAAAAUCAAACACCACCGUAAACCGCGCGCGCUACGAACACAACCGCACCCUCGAAUGCCGCAAAGCCACCGAAACCAGCUCCCGGCUCAGACUCGUCCGCUUCGCCUUCCGCCACCCCAUCUACCCACCCCAUACCCCGGAGAUGCAAAGCCUGGGCCUAACCCGCCCGCUCUACCAGAGCAUCCUGCGCGACAUUCACAGUCUGCAUGAGACGCUGCAGGGCCGCAGCAAGUGCCCGUUCGUGGGGCCCCUGCGGCACGCGCUGGAUAAGGUGUGGCAACGGAGGACGGACGAGGCGUGCCAGCCGGAGUUGAGGGCAUAUGUGCGGCGGUUAAAUGCGCGGCAUCGGCGGGUGGUGUGGACGGUGGAGAGGGUGCCUGGGGUGUAUGAGCGUGGGGGGGUUGGGGGGCGCGAGGAGUGGGAGGUUAGUGCGUGGAAGUGUGAGGAGCCGUUGGAGUUGCUGGUGGAUUUGGAGAGGUGGGGGAUUGUGGAGAAGAGGGUCACGUUGGGAGAGUGA